CUCCUCAUUUCCAUUCAUAUUUUUGCCUCGUGCACGCGUUCGUUCCGGAAAGUUUAUUGCUGGUCAAAAAAAUGGCCAAAAUAAAACGUAAAUCAGUAGUUGUUCCGGCACCGAAAGCCAAACCGAUCCAGCCCGACGACGAUGACAGCGGUUCCGACUACGAAGUGGACCGUCAUAUGACGCUGACCAAGGUACCGAAGACCGUGGCUGAAGAGUUUCCGCUCCCGAAACAAGUUCGCAAAGAGCUGGUCAAACGUACGGCGAAAGUCUCGGAAAGUGAAGAAUCCAGCGAGGAGGAGGAAGACGACGACGAUGUUAACUUACCAACGUUGACCAAGGGACAGAUUGCGGAUAUCCUGCAAACGAUCAAGAACAACAAACGGCUGGUGCUAAACGUUUCAAAUGUGAACUUUUCCACGUCCAAGGAAGAAAUCGAAGAGCACUUCAGGAAGGCCGGUCGAGUGAAGAGUGUCCGGAUACCGAAGAAGCGGGCGUCCGGCUUUGCGUUCGUCGAAAUGCUCGAUGCGGAAGGAUUUCAGAAAGCUUUCCUGCUGCACGGGUCCUACCUGGAUGGUCGCCAGAUCCGGGUUCAACUGUCGGAGAGUGGCAAGAAGAAAUCCCAUCAGAAAAUCCUGCAGCUAGAGAAAAAGAAUGCCGAGAUUAGGAAAAUGCGGAAAAAGAAUCGCGCCAAACCGGAAGCGAAAGAAGUUACCCUGGUGCCGAAAGUGCAGCCCAAAGUCGUCGAACGCGAUCCCUAUUUGGACAAGAAGAAAACCAAGCCCCCGACCAAGAAGGAAAUCAAGGCCUACAAGAAGAAAACUUCGCUGAAGGCGAAGUUCAGGAAUGUGGCCUUGAAGGGAAUAAAAGUUUGAUGGCGGAUUAUA